UCAGUAGGCCCUAAUUUUGAAAGGUCGAGGGACGUCUUGAACAACAAAUCAGAGGUGCUGCUGUAAGAAUAUAUACUGACAGAAGAUAGAUAGAUUAUAGGCUUUGCUACAGACUAUUGAAUUGGAAUGUUGUGAAUAAAACUGAGGAACUACUGAACAAUGCUGACCACAUUUACAGUUCUACUCCUCAUUUGGUUUGAGCUGACAGCAAGCAUAGAGGGAUUAGAUAUAGACCCUAAUAAAAUAGCAUGUGAGGAUAAAGGAAGAGUACAUUGCCCCGAUGGUAGCUGUAAAAGGAGAAGAAUAGAUUGCCCUGGUAGAGGCUGUUACAUCCAUUUUAAUAAUGCCCUUUGUGACAGUGGGGAUGGUUGCUAUGGUUUCUUCGACAUGUGUGAUGGAGAUAAUGACUGUGAUGAUGGUACAGAUGAGAAAAACUGUGUGUGUUUAAGAGAUGAGUUAAAGUGUGACCCUGAUGAUGACAAUGCCGGAUGUUACAAACUCACUGACAGAUGUGAUAGUGUGAAGCAGUGCAAAAAUAAUAAAGAUGAAGAAGGCUGCAGAAAGCUGACAAGGAGUGAUAUUCUAGCCAAGGUCAAACCUAACAGUACCCUGACGAUUGUGUUUGUUCUCAUUGUCACGGUGAUAACAGUGGUGGCUUUUAUUGUCAUAUGUGUCAAGAAGACUAAAUGCUGUGAUGGUACCAGUGAUAACUCUUAUGAAGAGAGGAGGAAUCAAGUGUCACGCGGUCGUAAUUUUGCCACCAAUGUGCCUGCGCCCCAGCGGCCUUUAUUAGAAGCCGACUUAGUUGCUUUACGAAACUCAACGAGGAAUGGCAAUGCUAACUCAGAGAUACCUCUCAGAUUUUACAAUGUUACUCCCGAGACUGGUAGGGCAGGUUCCUCAUCGCCAAUGAUGCAUUCAACACCCAUGCCAAAUGAUGAAUCAUCAACUCCAGACAGACUGCCACCAUCAUAUGACGAUGUUGUAGCACCAACUGAUGAUGAGCUACCAAGCUAUAAUGCAUUUGUGACUGCAAACCAAGGAGGAAACGAUGCUCCAGCAAGUAAUACACAAACCCCUCCAAUCAAUACAAACAAUAGAGUAGUUGAGAAUGAGGCUCCUAAUCUCCCCUCACGAAGGGACAGUUAUCAAGGUGCAAUAGGUCAGGAUGAAGGAAGAGUGAGUCCCCCACCCCAGGAUGUUUACAGCAGUAUAUAUAGGCCAGUAGAAACCCGUACACCAAGGAGUCCUUGGUACAAUACCAAUAACCAUGAUUCAAGUGACAGGAUAGGGCCUGUAGAUGAGACUGGGAGAGAUAGUCAUCUGCCAUUCACUCCCAUUUACCAGAGUGAAGAGUCUCAUGAUAGGGCAAUGGAUGGAGUACAUGGGGAUUAUAUGACAAGAUACGGGGGCACAGGAAAUUAUCGUAACAGUGAUCACAUGACUUCCCAUAAUGCAUCUGAAUCUCAAGACAGAAACAGACGUGAAGAAGAAGAGCUUGAUACAUUGAUUAACAGUCUUCAGAAUGUUUGAGCCCCCUUAUUCUCCAGCUUAUUUGGAAUUUUAGUAAAAUAUUACAUGCAUGCACUUUAUUUAUCAAAAGUAUUAUGAUUGAGACGUAAUAUAUACUGUUUAUACAUAUAAUAUAUAUAAAUCUUAUACAUAAAGUAUGUAAUAGCACAAUGUAAAUAUUCAUAUUAGUAGUCCUACAUAUGUGCACUAUGUGCACACACAAUUACACAUACACAAGUCAUUAUUUAGUAAUAAAAAACGUUUACAAUGCAUUAAAACUGUACAUUGUAAACACAUCCUUAAAGUGAACACCUUAAUAUGUGAACACUUUGAACACCAUUUAAACAGGUGUUGUUGAAAAAUGUUUCACUUGGACUUGUAAAUCUUAGUUUUAUGAUACAUUUACAACCAUGGAUAAUUGUAUUAAAGUGGUAAUUUUGUCAAGUUGAAAUUACUAAAAAUUCAAGUUGACUUGAUACAGUAUUAUUGCAUGAAAUGGAUUUGUUUACUCCAUGUUGUAUGUUGUUGUCAUGAGAACCACUUGAACCUGUAAUAUUUAACAAGGCAUUAACAUGACA